GGCCCCAUUGAAAAGGGCGCCAAAUUUUCACAACCUGCCAUUUCUUCUUUGCUUCUUCACUUUAACCCUAAAAUUUCUCCACAGAUUACUCACUUCGUCCUUCUAAAUUCGAAUCAGUACAAAGAAAUGAAGGGUGGGACGCUUCAGAUCAGCUGGCACGACUCAAAGCCAGUGCUCACUCUUGAUUUCCAUCCAAUUUCAGGUCUCCUCGCAACUGGCGGUGCCGAUUUCGAUAUCAAGCUUUGGUUAUUAAAUUCAGGGGAAGAGCAGAAAAAGGUCCCUGGUGCUACUUAUCAAACCAGCCUUUCUUACCAUGGUUCUGCUGUUAAUAGCCUUCGUUUCUCACCUUCUGGAGAACAGCUUGCCUCUGGUGCCGAUGGAGGCGAGCUUAUCAUAUGGAAAUUGCACCAUGUGGAAAGUGGCCAGUCUUGGAAGGUCCUCAAGACAUUAUCAUUUCACCGGAAGGAUGUGCUGGACCUACAGUGGUCCCAUGAUGGUGCAUAUUUAAUAUCUGGAUCUGUAGAUAAUUCUUGCAUCAUAUGGGAUGUAAGCAAAGGAUCCGUACAGCAGAUUUUAGAUGCCCAUUUGCACUAUGUUCAAGGUGUAGCAUUGGACCCACUGGGAAAGUAUGCUGCUUCUCUGAGUUCGGAUAGAAGUUGCAGAAUCUAUGCCUAUAAACCCCCAACAAAAGUAAAAAACAGUGAGAAAAUGACUUAUGUUUGCCAGCAUGUCAUUACUAAGGCAGAAAAUGUUGCAGUUGAUGAUUCUAAGUCUGCCAGAAACCAUCUCUUUCAUGACGAGACAUUGCCAUCUUUCUUCCGAAGGUUAGCCUGGUCACCUGAUGGAUCUUUUCUACUCGUGCCUGCAGGUAUUAGUAAAAUGUCGCCAGCAUCUGAACCGGUAAAUACAGCCUAUAUAUUUUCUAGAAAGGAUCUCUCGAGACCUGCUAUUCAGCUCCCUGGCGCCAGCAAGCCGGUUGUAGCAGUAUGCUUUUGUCCAAAGCUUUUUAAACUUAGAGGAUUAAAUUCAGCUGGGUUCUUUAAGCUUCCACAUCGGGUGAUUUUUGCCGUAGCAACUUUAAAUUCUUUGUACAUAUAUGACACCGAAAGUGCUGUGCCACUAGCCAUCAUGGCUGGCCUUCACUAUGCUGCCAUAACGGAUGUAGCGUGGUCGGCAGAUGCUCAUUAUUUAGCACUAUCUUCUCAAGAUGGUUACUGCACCUUGGUAGAAUUUGAAAAUGACGAACUAGGAUUACCAUUCGCUCUAUCAGUCGAUGUAGAAGAUCAAAUAGGAACAACAACCGAUCAGAAUAUGAGUUUAACAGAUGUGACUAUAAACGACGACGAAAAUAGGAGAAUAGAAGCAGAAGGGAAACACGAAGAAAACAAAAGCGUUGAAAAGCCAGAAAACAUGGUGAUUGAAAAAGCUUCAAGUGGAGACAAUCUUGUUGAAUCUGACAACAGAGGACACGAAAUUGAAAAGGCAAGUAAACAAGUAUCUAUAAGCUCUUCUAGCAACUCUGUUAAGCCUGCCAAAAGGCGCAUUACACCCAUGGCUAUUGAUCCAUGAAAGGUACAAUAUAUUCCCAACUGUAUAUUCUUUUCACCCCUACAGAUUUUGGUGAGUUAUUUUAAAAGCAUUAUGUUGGCGGUGCUUGAUCAAAUGUUGGUUACCAAUGUAGCUUAAAUGGUCAUUUUUACAAUGAUUGGUGUAUCAUCUUUGAUCUCAUUGCCGGGUGAUUAAGAUUUCAAUGAUAUCCAUAUUGAGUUUUCGCUUC